AACAAAGAAAGAAAGAGAAGCCACCAAGGACUUUGAUCACUCCGGAAGGAAAAGUUCUGAAUGCAAACGAACCCAAGCUUCCUUUCUCCUUGAAUGAUGAUGAAGAAAACAAUCAGUUCAUCUUGGAUCUUUCAGUUUACAGGCAUCUGGACACUUCCCUACUUGAUGUUGAUGUACAGCCUACUUAUGUCCGAGUAACUGUCAAGGGAAAGACAUUUCAGCUUGUUCUUCCUGCAGAAGUGAAGCCAGAUAAUAGCAGCGCUAAAAGAUCUCAAACAACUGGACAUUUGGUUAUCACCUUGCCGAAGGCUAAAGAAAUUAUUGUGGCUAACCAAAAAGCAUCCACUCUUGAGAAACCCUCUGACACCAAUAAACUGCGAAGAAAUUUACGAAGAAAUCAGAGUACAGAGAAGUUGGAAGUGGAUCCUACCAAGUAUUCGUUUCCAGAUGUUACGAACAUUGUCCAGAAAACGGAACAGAUCUCACAAGGGCCUUUAAUGUUGCAGCGUCACCAUGUUGCAGAUGCCAAAAAUGUAUCUGCGGGCUUUGAUGAUGAUCCAGAGGUUCCACCUUUAAUUUAAAAGAUUUAUAAGGCAGUUGUUUACUUAAGGUUAAGAGCAAUGUAGAGCUUUUAAAAUUUCUUGACUCUUAUCCAGCGGCCUUAAUUUUUGAAAUAAAAAUUAUUUGACGUGUUUUCUGUAAAUGUGGCCACAGUAAUUGUUGCUGGGGUUCUUUAAUGUCACCUACUCAAGACUGGUGUCUUGCUCACCUAAACAUCAUAUCUGCUCUGAAUUAUAUAGGUUGUGUUACACACAUCAUGCUUUGUCAAGGUUCUUCCAUCACCCGUGGAGACAGUGUGAAUUGUUUUCAGGGUCCUCUCACACAUACUGAAAAUUGACUUCAGAUGCAUGGCGAAGCUUGUUCAAGAGAACUGAGGUGCAGGGUGGAUAACACAGCAAAUCCAGAGCUUACGGUACAUUUUCC